GUUUUAAUAUCAAUUGUUUUAGACGGAUACUAUGGACGUGUGUUCAAAUGCUGCAAUACUGGCACAACAACUUACUCUUAUCGAACUAGAGAGGUUAUCUUAUAUAGGGCCUGAAGAAUUCGUCCAAGCAUUUGCCAAAGACAGUCCACAUGUAGAUUCUUCUUUCAAAGAUAUGAAAAAAACCAAAAAUCUCGAAUCCUAUAUUCAUUGGUUCAACAGGCUAAGCUAUUUGGUAGCAUCUGAAGUGUGCAAGCAUUCAAAAAAAAAACAACGAGUAAAAGCCAUCGAGUUUUGGAUCGAAACUGCUAGAGAGUGUUUUAAUAUUGGUAAUUUUAACUCUCUAAUGGCUAUUAUAGCUGGACUUAAUAUGUCACCCAUCAGCCGCCUUAAAAAAACAUGGCACAAAGUUCAACAAUCAGCCAAAUUCACUAUUCUGGAGCAAUAUAUGGACCCAUCUUCGAAUUUCAGUAGCUACAGAUCCACAUUAAAAGCAGCUUUGUGGAGGAGUGCUGGUGCUACGGAUCAACGGCAAAGGGUUGUCAUACCAUUUUUCUCAUUGCUUGUUAAAGACAUAUAUUUCCUUAAUGAAGGAUGUCGGAACAGAUUAGACAACGGUCACAUUAAUUUUGAAAAGUUCUGGCAGCUAGCUAAACAGGUGACAGAGUUCAUUUCGUGGAAGCAGGUGGCCUGUCCGUACGAGAAAAAUACCAAACUUGUGUUGUUCUUGUUCACCACGCCUGUGCUUAACGAAAAAGCACUUACGUUAUUAUCAUUUGAACGCGAACCGCCGGACAACAGCGUAGAAAAAGAACACUACAAAACUUUAAAGACUGCAUUGUAAUAUGCUGUAUUUCAAAUUUGGAUACACAACACCGU